GCAAGACGAUUCGGAAUGACGAGUUAGACAUCAAUAUUUAACGAUAUUCAACCGGUUUUAACAGUUGAACAGUGCUGAAAUUUCUCCCAAAGUGAAGUAUACAUUAAGUGUUGAACUAUAUAUGUAUCAAAAAGCAUUUAGCGCUUAAUGUUAAAUAAAUAUGAAUACAAUACAAAUAUUUUACUAUUGUUUUUUGGCAAUUUUAUAUUGCUUGCUGUAUGCAGUUACUGCAUUCGGCGAUGAGUUGGCCGAUUUUGAUUUCACCGAAAUCGAGUGGAAUUAUGAUGGUAAAGAUAACGAAGAACAAUCACAAAAUGUUGUUAAACAUAACUCAAUGCAGCCAUUAACAAUUUUUGGCGACUUUGAAGAGGAAAAUCAAGUUCGUCCUAUCGAUUUGCGGGGAAAUGUUUUAAAAAGUGCUCUUUCGAAAGCCUUAACAAAUGCGUCCUUGCGCCAGAAAUUUGUUGAAGUUAUGCCAAUACUACGGGUAUUAUCGUCACAACAGCGCUUAGCUCUUUCUGCAUUAAUUUCAGCACAAAUUAAUGCUAGAGAAAACCAGGUGUUAAAAUUAGAGCAGGUGCGUAUGAUGUUUGGAGAUAACAAAAAUUUGCUGCUGCCAAUUGUUUUCGAUAUUGCUAAUCUUGUGCGUAAUUCAGCCAGCAAAUAUUUGGAUUUCUCUCUUGGCAUAUCUGCGACUAGGCCUUUGCAAAAUAAAUCUGCUGACAGCCGAAUGGACAAUGUAUCAUUGGUUGAAUUUGAUGAAAAUGAUCAUCCUGGAAUGGUAGACAUUGCGAAUUUUUUUAGUGAUACCGGUGAAGAAAUGUUGGAUCCACAGGUUAUAAAUGAGGAAUUGCAAGUAGUGAAGAAUAACACUUCAACCCUAAAAAAAAAUACUUUGAGCACAAAUGAGAAUGCAGCAAGAAGAAGGAAAAGAGCAGUAACAACACCUGAAUUUGUGCAUAAACUUAUACGUUCAUUACCACCAUCUACUAAUGACGAUAUUAAUGGUCAUUUCUUGUCCGGAAAGGAAGUUAAAUUAAACACGUCGGGCUUUCUCAGCUCAAAAGACUUAAAUGCUGAUGAUUUGAAUAGUAUUAAUAGAACAACUCUGAAAGAAGAAAAAGAACAAUUACAACAUGCUGUAGAGGAUGAUGCGUUAGCCAACUUGAACGGCACUGCACUUAAUAUGCAAAGGAACACCGAAUUACCAGGGCGUGAUUUAGAUGAACCGUUACCGAGCCCGGAGGAACUUAUUUCCGGACCACGAUAUCGUAUAAGCAGUAACAAAAUCCAUCGUGGCAGGCCCAAGCAUAUGCCAACGAAACGAAAACGUAUCCGGCCAAAAGGAACACUACAUCACAAUGCAGAGGAGGGUGUUAUGUCACACAAAAAAUGCGAGCGAUUUACAUCUUCCAUGUGUAUUCGAACAGAGGAUUAUCCGUUAGAACAGAUAAUGGGCAGCAUUCGUCGACAUAAAAAUGCUAUGACUGCGUUGUGGGCCGACUAUCACAACAAAUAUGAUCAAUUGGAUACAAUCGAUGAUUUUGAUGACUUCUCCAUUCGACGAAGAGAGGACGAAACCUCUAGAAAUGGAAUGUGUCAGAGCAUAGUUCGUUACGCACGUCCACAAAAAGCUCGUUCCGCAUCUGGGGAAUGGAAAUAUAUAGUAAAUACUGGCCAACAUACUCAAACAUUACGUUUGGAAAAAUGCAUAGUACCGCAAGAGAGCUGUUCAUAUUUGUCAAAAGCCUAUCACUCACAAUGUGCUCAAAUCUACAAUUAUCAUCGUCUACUUAGUUGGGACCAGAUGAGGGGAUUACAUGUGGAUAUCUUCAAAGUUCCUACUUGUUGUUCAUGUCAAUUAGUUGCAUACUCUUCUUUAGCUGAUACCAAAUCAAGAGAUUUUACUCCGUCAUUGAAUGCAGACGUUUAUUCUACUAUUAACGAAGAACUUGACUAUAAUGAUGAUCAAGAUGAGGAUGACUUAAGUUAUCAAGUUAAUAAUGGAAUUAGAAAAAAACAUAAAAGACAAGACGUCGGCUUAAUUAAUAACCAGUUAUUGCUUGGAAGUCAAAUAUCGAAGACUAAACUUCACACUACAAAACCGACCCUGGGUUCAUAUUUGAGUCCGCCCGGUGACGAAGAAAGCCGUGGCCCCUUUGAUUAUGUACAUCCACACCACUCAUCCUCAAGUUCAUCCACCUCUUUCAAAAAGCAAAUAAUGGAUGCCACACGUCGCCGACCUUUAAAAACCAAGGGCCCUUCUAAUAUAUCCAAUGAAGCACGUCUGGAUUUGGACUUUUCGCCAAGCGAACUGCAUCAGGAGCAAGAGGUAAACUUUUCAAGCGGCUUAUUGGCCACAGCUAAUAAGAGAGUUCUACAAAAAAGGCAACGUAUUCAUUCUGUGCUCCAUACAGCUCCGGCCAGCACCCCACCAAUAUCAGCAGAAUUCGGAGACGCAAUUGCAUCGGUUAUCUCCAAUUCCCCAGUGGCAGUCAGAGCUAAACCCAAUUCGGCAACGACCAGUAUCCGUAGAGUCGCCGAAAAUAGAGGUGGUAUUGCCACCAAUGCCAACCAAGUUCCAACUUCAGAUUCCUUCUACCUUUCCACUCUACAAAAUCAAACCAACUUCAGCAAUAAGGGCGGUGUUUACAGAAAUAGGCAAUUACUAAAAACCCAGAGUCCAAGAUUUCGUUCGACCUCAUCAAUCACCUCUGCUACAACAGAAAUACCGGGAUCAACACAAGCAGUGAACAACAACAAAAAUCAAUGGAGCGUACACCAAAAAUACCAAAAGCCUUUCGAAAAGUCUUCUAAUAUACCUUCAUUUCAUGGGAACUCAAUUGACAGCAAAGAAAAUAGUACAAAACUUGAUGAUGAAGCAAGACCAUCCAUUCGAAUGUCAUUUGGUCCCGGGGCAAAAAGAAUAAACUAUAGCUAUCAUCCCAUCAUCGAUUUUUUCGAAAAUCACAAAUAUUCUAACACUGCGGCCGCAAUUAAAGCAAUCGAUGAUCAUAGAAAAAACACCAACAGUCAAGGACAAUCUUAUCCUAAAACCCGAGAGCUAGAUCAACCGAUAAGUUUGGUGGUCAGCUCGAAGAAUAGUGAGACCAAACCGCUUUUGAGAGAUAUAAGUGGAGAAUUUCGUGCAGAUGACAAUAUUUGGCAUCCUGUUAUACUUAAUUAGAACUAAAAUCCAUUUGUGGCAGUUGCAUUAUUAUCGUAGAUCGAUAUUUUAUGAAAUCUGGACGCAUAGUUUCUCGCAACUUAUGUUCUCUUUCCUGAAGCAUUAAUUAAAUGUGGGGAUCAUGAAUAAAAAUUACUAGUGCUUAGAUUA